UGGGCCUCCCGGCAAAACCAGAAUGCUGCUAGGAACCCGAGGAGCGCUUGCACCCAGCAGCCUCACCCCUCCUCUCUCCCCACCCCAAAGGCAGGAAUUUCUGGGAUGGGCAGAUGGUCCACUCCCUCUUCCUCCUCCUUCCCCAAGCCCGAGUGGGUAGGGCGGGGAAAACCCCACGACUUUCCUCCCGUCUCGCAGCCCAGAGCCCUAAGUGCCUGCACACCGCGGCGACAACGGGUGGUAGAGUGGGUCUCCCCGAGGGGCAGGGGUGGCGAGGCCCGCAGAAGAGUGGAGCGCGGAGGAGGCUGCGGUCCCGCCUCCCACGCCGCAGGCGGGGUGCAGCCGGGGAGCUCCGGCCCCAGUAGGAGCCACGAACAGCACUCAGUGAGUCCAGUGGUUAGCGAUGCUGUCGCAGCUGCCACUGCUGCUAUCCUUGCUACUGCUGCCGCUGCUGAGGGCGCCGCGGGCCUGCGCCCAGGGCUUGGCGGCGGCGCUCCCCCGGGAGCGGGUCCUCGAGUGGCAGGAUAAAGGAAUAUUCAUUAUCCAAAGUGAGAGUCUUAAGAAAUGCAUUCAAGCAGGUAAAUCUGCACUGACCCUGGAGAACUGCAAACAGCCAAACAAGUACAUGCUGUGGAAAUGGGUUUCAAACCACCACCUCUUUAAUGUUGGAGGCAGUGGUUGCCUGGGCCUGAAUUUAUCUAAUCCAGAGCAGCCACUAAGCAUAUAUGAAUGUGAUGCCACCUACGUUUCCUUGAGGUGGCGCUGUAACAGGCAGAUGAUCACCGGCCCGCUCCAGUACAUGGUGCAGGUGAAGCAGGACGACAUGGUUGUGGCCUCAAGGAAACAUCUCCAUAAGUGGAUUUCCUACAUGUCCGAUGGUGGGGACAUUUGUGAACAUCUUCACAAAGACAUGUAUACAAUCAAAGGGAAUGCCCACGGGAUGCCAUGCAUGUUUCCCUUCCAGUAUAACCAUCAGUGGUUUCACGAAUGCACCCGGGAAGGCCGGGAAGAUGAUUUGCUGUGGUGUGCCACCACAAGCCGAUACGAAAGAGAUGAGAAGUGGGGAUUUUGCCCAGAUCCCACCUCUACAGAGAUAGGUUGUGAUGCUGUCUUGGAGAAGGACCUCAAUUCACACAUUUGCUACCAAUUCAACCUGCUUUCAUUUCUCUCUUGGACUGAGGCAUAUUCUUCAUGCCAGAUGCAAGGAAGUGCUUUAUUAAGUAUUGCAGAUGAAAGUGAAGAAAAUUUUAUAAGGAAGCACGUAAGUAGUAAAGCAGUAGAAGUAUGGACAGGUUUGAAUCAGCUGGAUGAAAACACUGGCUGGCAGUGGUCUGAUGGCACCCCACUUACCUAUCUGAACUGGAACACAGAGAUGAACGUCGAUCCAUUUGUUGAAUAUCGCUGUGGAGUAUUUAAUACAUUUAUGUCAAAUGCCUGGAGGAGUAGGGACUGCGAGUUCACCUUGCCUUACAUAUGUAAAAAAUAUCUAAACCACACUGAUCAUGAAAUAGUUGAUAAAGAUGCUUGGAAAUAUCACGCUACCCAUUGUGAGCCUGGCUGGAAUCCCUACAAUCGUAAUUGCUACAAACUUCAGAAAGAAGAAAAGACCUGGAAUGAGGCUUUGCAUUCUUGCCAGUCUGAUAACAGCACAUUAAUAGACAUAGCUUCAUUAGCAGAGGUGGAGUUCCUUGUAAACCUCCUUAGAGAUGAAAAUGCAUCCGAAACAUGGAUUGGUUUGAGCAGCAAUAAAAUUCCAGUUUUCUUUGAAUGGUCUAAUGGCUCCUCAGUCAUCUUUACUAAUUGGCACACACUUGAGCCCCGAAUUUUUCCAAAUAGAAGCCAGCUAUGUGUCUCAUCAGAGCAAUCUGAGGGAUAUUGGAAAGUCAAAAAUUGCGAAGAAACCUAUUUUUACAUCUGUAAAAAAGCAGGCCAUUUUCUUCCUGAUGCUGAAUCAGGAUGUCAAGAGGGAUGGGAGAGACAUGGUAGAUUCUGUUACAAAAUUGAUACAGUCCUUCGCACCUUUGACCAGGCUUCCAGCGGUUACUACUGUCCUCCUGCACUUGUGACCAUUACAAACAGGUUUGAACAGGCUUUUAUUACCAGUUUGAUCAGCAGUGUGGUGAAAACAAAGGACAGUUAUUUUUGGAUCGCUCUGCAAGACCAAAAUGACACAGGAGAAUACACUUGGAAGACCACAGGACAGAAGCCUGAGUCGGUGCAGUACACACACUGGAAUGCACAUCAACCCCGAUCCAGGGGUGGCUGUGUUGUCAUGCGAGGCAGUAGUCCACUUGGUCGUUGGGAAGUGAAGGACUGUAGACGGUUCAAGGCGAUGUCCUUGUGCAAGCAGCCAAUCGAAAAUCGGGACAAAACUGAGCAUGAAGAAAGAUGGCCCUUUCACCCCUGCUAUUUGGACUGGGAGUCGGAGCCUGGCCUGACCAGUUGCUUCAAGGUAUUUCAUAUUGAAAAAGUUCUGAUGAAAAGAACAUGGAGAGAAGCUGAGGCAUUUUGUGAAGAAUUUGGAGCUCAUCUUGCAAGCUUUGCCCAUAUUGAGGAAGAAAAUUUUGUGAAUGAACUUUUACAUUCAAAAUUUAAUCGGACAGAAGAAAGGCAGUUCUGGAUUGGAUUUAAUAAAAGAAACCCACUAAGUGCUGGUUCGUGGGAGUGGUCUGAUGGAACUCCUGUUGUCUCUUCAUUUUUAGACAGUAUUUAUUUUGAAGAAGAUGCAAGAAAUUGUGCUGUGUAUAAAGCAAAUAAAACAUUGCUGCCCUCACACUGUGGUUCCCGCCGUGAAUGGAUAUGCAAAAUCCCAAGAGAUGUGAGACCCAAGAUUCCACCAUGGUACCAGUAUGAUGCGCCCUGGCUCUUUUAUCAGGAUGCAGAGUACCUUUUUCAUACCUAUGCCUCCGAGUGGUCCUCCUUUGAGUUUGUCUGUGGCUGGCUGCGCAGUGAUCUUCUCACAAUUCAUUCUGCACAUGAGCAAGAAUUCAUCCACAGCAAAAUAAGAGCGCUAUCAAAGUAUGGUGCAAAUUGGUGGAUUGGACUUCAAGAAGAAAGAGCCAACGAUGAAUUUCAUUGGAGAGAUGGAUCACCAGUAACAUACCAGAAUUGGGACAAAGAAAGAGAAAGAUCUGUGAAUAAUCAGAGCCAGAGAUGUGGCUUCAUUUCCUCCAUAACAGGACUCUGGGGCAGUGCAGACUGUUCAGUCUCUAUGCCUAGCAUUUGUAAGCGAACCAAGUUUUGGAUCAUCGAGAAGAAGAAAGAGAUACCAAAAGAACAUGGAACGUGUCCGAAAGGAUGGCUAUAUUUUAACUCUAAGUGCCUUUUGGUGAGGAUCCCCAAAGACCCAAGUGAUCUGAAGAACUGGAUGGGUGCUCAAGACUUCUGCAUUGAAACAGGGGGGACACUGGUUGCCAUUGAAAGUGAGGUGGAACAAGCUUUCAUCACUAUGAAUCUUUUUGGCCAUAACACUAAUGUGUGGAUAGGGUUACAAAAUAACGAUUAUGAAAAAUGGCUAAAUGGAAAGCCUGUGACAUAUUCUAACUGGUCUCCAUUUGAUGUAAUAAAUAUUCCAAGUCAUAACUCUACAGAAGUUCAAAAACACAUUCCUCUCUGUGCCUUGCUGUCAAGUAAUCCUAAUUUUCAUUUCACUGGCAAAUGGUAUUUUGAAGAUUGUGGAAAAGAACGCUAUGGGUUUGUUUGUGAAAAAAUGCAAGAUACUUCUGGAGACCACAUGAAUACAUCUGAUAUGUACCCAAUUCCUAAUACCUUGGAAUAUGGAAACAGAACGUACAAAAUAAUUAAGGCAAAUAUGACUUGGUAUGCAGCAAUAAAAGCCUGCCUGAUGCAUGGAGCAGAGCUGGUUAGCAUUACAGACCAGUAUCACCAGUCCUUCCUCACUGUUGUCCUCAACCGGCUAGGACACGCCCACUGGAUUGGACUGUUCACCACAGAUAAUGGUCUUCAUUUUGACUGGUCAGAUGGCACCAAAUCCUCUUUCACUUUUUGGAAAGAUGAGGAGUCAUCCUUCUUCGGUGACUGUGUUUUCGCUGAUACUAAUGGACGCUGGCAUAGUACAGCCUGUGAGUCAUUUCUGCAAGGUGCCAUUUGUCAUGUGCCCACUGAAACAAAACCAUUUGAACACCCAGUGUUGUGCUCAGAAACAUCUAUUCCCUGGAUAAAAUUCAAAAGUAAUUGCUACAGUUUUUCUACAGUCCUAGACAGCACGAGUUUUGAGGCUGCUCAUGAAUUUUGCAAAAAGGAAGGAUCUAAUCUUUUAACAAUCAAGGAUGAGGCUGAAAAUUCAUUUCUCCUGGAAGAGCUUUUUGCGUUUGGUUCUUCUGUCCAGAUGGUUUGGUUGAAUGCUCAAUUUGAUAGUAACAAUGAAACCAUAAAAUGGUUUGAUGGAACACCCACAGACCAAUCAAACUGGGGCAUUCGGAAGCCAGAUAUGGACCACCUCCAGUCCCACCAGUGUGUUGCCCUGAAGGUCCCGGAAGGAGUGUGGCAGUUAACCCCAUGUGAAGAAAAAAAGGGGUUCAUAUGUAAAAUGGAGGCAGAUAUUCACACUGUAAUGGAGCACCCAGGAAAAGGACCAAGUCACAGCAUUAUUCCUCUUGCAGUUGCAUUGACAUUGAUAAUAAUCCUAGUGAUUAUCACACUGUCCUUCUACAUACACAAGCAGAAUAGUGGCUUCUUCCGGAGACUUGCAGCAUUUCGGAAUCCUUACUAUCCUGCAACCAAUUUUAGUACAACACAUUUAGAAGAAAAUAUUCUCAUUUCUGACCUUGAGAAGAAUGACCAGUGAUAAUGAAGUCAGAGACUAGCACAGCUCUGGAGAUAAGCAGAGAAGACUGCAGGGGGGAUUCCUGUCUGUAUUUCCCUUUAACUAGAUGCCAUAAGAAUGGAAUUGUGUCACCGUUUUAACUAUUGUUAAAGUGAUUACUGGCUUUUAAUUGUAAUCAAAUCAGGUUGGGUUUGAUUUAUUCAUUAUUAUAAACUGUGAUCCAUUCUUAGAAAGGGGAAAUUAUAUAAUGAUUAUUAUUCAGAAAGACAGGAACUAUUAAAAGAAACCCCUAUUGAAAACUCUCAAA